GGAGUUCUGUAGUCAUUUCUUUUGAUCGUAACUAGACUGCGAAUGUUGGCCAUUUAUGACUAGUGAAAAUGUGGGGAAAUGCACGUGAUUGCGCACUAAUGCAAAAAUAUAUGAAGUAGCAUCAAUGAUAUACGUGUUACACUGUCUAAAAGAUAUUAUCCUCUCGAGGGACGAAUUUUAAAUGAAUUAUGUUUGCUCUGAUCGAAUACACACAAACGAGAGCAAUUUUGAUCUGUAAAUCGAUUUUAACAUAUAAAUAUAUUGUCUCAUUUGAAUAUGGCAUACGUUUCAAUUUUAAAAGGUAUCGCGAUUGCAAGUAACGAUAAUUUUAAUACGAAAGCAAUGAUACACGUAUGUGUCAACCCAUCAUUCCUCAAGAUGUUAAUUCGUGGUUAUUUUCGUGUUCGUGAAUUAAUCAAUGUUCAAGGUGAACAAUAAGUGAAGCUAUUUCGCAUUGUGAAAAUUGAUCGAAAAAUGUUAAUCGCAUUUGGUGGAAUACGGCGCUAUUAACGCCGCGACGAAACGUGGUGAUUUCAAUGCCCGCAUGAGAAAGUUGCAACGGGUCAUGCGUACGGUCCAAGAUCAUUCGUUCGCUACAAGUUUCAUUUAUCGCUUACAGAUAUAAAAUCUGGAUUCAUUCCGCGUUGUAGACUUGCUUGCACUUGAGAAGAGUUCAACAAUUGAAGUAUUAUUAAUCAUUGGCGUACAUAUGGGGUUCACGUGUUUCGUAAAACAACGUGGAAGACAAUUAAAAGUGCAAACGACGAAGAGAUAAUUACCGUGGGUGGACGUUGUGCACGUUGCGGGAAGUCGAGGACAACAGUUGAAGUUCUAAAAUUGAAGUUGUGAAAUCGAUCAGUGUUUGUGAUGUGCUUUCAAAUGUAAAUGACACAGUGUACUCGGAGUAUGGUAUAAUUUUCACUCCUGCCUGGAUUAUAAAUAUUGGCAAUUCAAUUUUGGACGCCAUGUAUGGCUGAUGCGUGGCUGGAAUGGCAGAAAAGUUGCGCGAGGCGGCCGCACGUGGCGACGUUGCGCGGGUUGCGCGUCUCCUCGACGAAGAUAUUAAACCACUGCCGGAUGAGAAUGGCAGAAGUCCUCUUCUGCUGGCAGCUGCUGGCGGUCAUGUGGACGUCUGCGAGGCUCUGCUUCUUCGAGAAAUCGACGUCAACGCUGCAGACAAUACCGGCGUCACAGCUUUGCAAAAGGCAGCUUCGGAAGGCCAGUUGGAGGUAGUACAAUUAUUACUGAAGCACAAUGCCGACAUCGCUCGUCAAGACAACGUGCAUGGAAAUUCAGCGCUGCACGAGGCAUCCUGGCGAGGGUACAGCCGAACCGUGGCCGCCCUGGCGAAGGCCCUCGGGACGCAACGUGCCCCUCUGCACGCGAGGAAUCUCGCUGGAUUCGCGCCGCUUCACCUCGCCUGCCAAAACGGCCACAACCAAAGCUGCCGCGAACUCCUCCUGGCGGGGUGCAAUCCUGACCUUCAAAACAACUAUGGAGACACGCCUCUUCACACAUCCGCACGAUACGGGCACGCUGGUGUCACGCGUAUUCUAAUUUCUGCGCUAUGCCGAGUCUCGGACCAAAAUAAAAACGGCGACACGGCGUUGCACAUCGCCGCGGCGAUGGGCCGUCGAAAGCUGACGAGGAUCCUGCUGGAGGCUGGCUGCGACCGUAGCCUACGUAACAAACAAGGAGAGACCGCGAAGGACAUAGCCAGGCGCAAGAACCUGACGGAGAUACUCGAGAUAAUCAGUAAAGCGCGAAGCAAGAGCAGAACGCGAAGCAAGAGCCGCGAGGAGGACGGCGUAGCGUCUGGCUCGGCCUCAGCCAACGCCAUCGCCGCGGACAAGGUCGAUGGGAAGAGCAACAAGAGCGAGAAGAAGCGAGAGAAGACUGGUAGUGGUACCAGCGGCAGUAGGGACAGUUGCACGAAGAAGGAGAAAAAGAAGCACAAAUCGUCCGGCAAGCAGAACAAGGUCCACUUCGAGAAGGCCGUGAUGGGUAGACAGUGGUCGCCGUACGGGUGCCACUACUACCCCGAUCCGGAAGCGUUCCCCCAGCCCCGUUUGGAUUCCCUGCCACCGGAUCCGUUGGGCCGUGGCGAACAGUACUACCUAGACCUGGCAGGGAACAUCAGAAAGGGACCGGUGGGAGUGGGCUACACCUGCUAUUGCGCGCCGUUCUUCAGGCACAUGGAGGCCAAGCUCGAGAGGGACAAAGCUGAGCUGAAAGCGCACAUUGAUCAGGCCCACGAGAGGCUGGACCUGAAGGUGGCCAAUCUCGAGAGGAGGACCAGGGGACAGAUCUCCGAGCUGACCAGAUGCGUGGCGGCGGAGAGGUCCAGGUGCGACGAGAGGCACACCCACCUGCAGCAACGUUUAGCUCGCGGUGGCAGAGGCAGACACAGCGAGCGACCGGCCAAAGCGUCGUUCGCCAACGAUCAGUCGUUCCCACCGGCCCGUGCCAGGUCGCUCGAGGAUUUACUGGACGACAGACCGCACGACAGGAGCUUCGAGAUCCCAGGCGAGACGCCCAUACACCGUGGCAGCCUGGACGAUCUCGAUAUACCAGCCAUACCGAGGCUCAGCAAAUCCAUGAGGGAUCUCCCGUCGGGUUCCGGUGUCUCGAGGUCAACGCUGAGGGUGCUCGACGUUCCAGCCAGGCUGAACGAGACGUUCGACGGGGUGAUCAAGCAGGAUCGCAGCUCGCCUCUCGGGGCUGCAUCCUCGCCAUCGAUCGGGUCCAGGCAGCAGGUCCAUCAGCAGCGCGAUCAUUCGUCUCGGGAGCAUGGCAUGAACUCCUGCCAAGAGGAGGGCAACGCGACGCGGAAGAGCGACGACAACUUGAACGAGUGGAGAUCGUCGGGACGACGGAGCGUUCACGAGAUGAUCAAGAGAUUUCAGCAAGUACCUGGCAUGCACAAUGGUUGGCGAGGUCCUCGUUCAGGAAGCAGCGAACCAACCAGCCCCGAGCACAGUCAGUGUUCCCAAAAUCAGAGGGUCCAGCCCCAGGGAGGCGUUGGAAACGGUUGGCAUGGCGAAGGUAACGACAGCGAGAGCAGCGAGGGGGAUGACGACGAGCAACCGGAAGCACUUAGCGGUGGGAUCUCUGGAAAAGGAGUGAUAUCGGAGCACGUGCAUUACGACAGCAUAGCCAGAAUGCCAUAUAGAUCCCGUAAUGCAGUUUAUAGCCCGACACCGCCUUUGCAUGAUGCGCACAAUGAUUCAGGAUAUAGUACCCGCAUGUACGGUUCCAGUAAAGGUGCUUCUCCUUCGUUAUCAGGUCAACUGGAAUGCGACGUGAUUCUGCCGACCACACCGAACACAUUUCCCAGCGGUGAACAACUGGCUGCACUGUUGGAGCAACCCAGGAACCACGAUCUCACGGUCUACGAACGCGGUGCCGACAAUGUUGUCAUUAACAUCGGAACCGCGAGUCUCGUUUAAGAGAUACUUCCAAAGACAUCGACUUCGCAUAAUUUCAUGAUACCUACUCAGGUGUUUAUACGAUAACAUAAAUAUCGUGUACAAAUCAAACUGUUCAUACUAUUAGGCAAUAAUUAUGUACAAAAUAAUUUUUGUUUAAAGAUCGAAGUAUUCUGGUUUCGUAAAUAGUUUAUGGUGAAACGUUGAUAAAAUUAUGAUAAACUAUGAUAAACUGGAAGAUGUAAAUUCCUUGUAGCAAUAGAAAUUCACUGGUUGGAAUUCUAUCUAUUUUUGAAAGACGUAUGGCAAAAUACCUGUU